GCGGGACGGGAAGCGCUGACAACUCAUCACGCAGCGCCCAGGCCCAAACCACAGCCGACGCCAGCCCACCUCCCGAGGCCAGCUCCCCCUUCUCACUCGCCGCCGCGCGCGACUGCCCACGGGCGCCCACGGGCGCAGACCGCCUGCUCAGCCGCGGGAGCCGCCGGAGAGCCACCGCCGCACAAACCGCCGCUGCUCCUCCGUCAGUGCCGAGGGACAAACGACGGCACCGGCACGGAAACUUUCGGAGGCGUUUGCGCUCACACGUCACCGCUUCUUCCUCGGCCUGGGGGGAUCGGGAGAGGGCUCCCGAGUCCAGCGGGUCCCCUCGGGCGGAGUACCCGGCCUGCACGGCGCCCAGGGCCCCCUCCGCGCCAACUCCGGGAAGAGGCGCCCCAGCAGGCAGGCCGCGACCACCCCGGUCCGCCCGCGCCCCCCCCAGCAGUGCAGGUAGACCCGCUCCCCGGCGCGCAAGCGCUCCGACAGGCAGUCCAGCAGCCCGGCCAGCUGCCGAGAUGGGUCGGGGUCCCCAGGUCUGGCAUGGGGGCGUGCAAGAAGCUCAUCAACGCCGCCGCGCUCCCCGCCAGCUCCGCCGCCCGCCCGGCGUAGCGCUCGAAGCGCCCGGGGAAGCCCGCCACGCUCACGCCCCGAGCCGGCCAGGACGCUGGAGCCUCCUGCGGCGGCAGCUCGCCCUGGAGGCAGACGAAGGUCCACCUUGGCGUCGCGCAGGAGGGACGCCAGCUGCUGCUCGCCCGCCUGCGGCGACGUGCAGUACACCGGGCUCGUGUACGGGUAGCGCCCCACCAGCAGCCGCCCUCGCAGCAGCCAGUUGGCAAAGCGAGAGAACCUCUCUGGCUGCAGGCCGGGGGGCGCCAGCUAUCCGCCUCAUGCCACCAGCCCUGUGGGCGUACAGCGGGACUCAGCACAGAAGUCAGAAGUGCAUCCGUCUCCAGAACAUGGGCCCUCCGCCAGCCAGACUGACGAACAUUCGAGGGUGCCCUCCCCGAGGAUGCACCAGAGCAUCCAGAAAGCGCGGCGAGUAUCAGGGCACCCUCCUCAGACCGACCUCGAUCUCAUAUCUCCGUCCGACCGUAGACGGUAUGAGGGAUUGUCUCUUCCCUCUUCCAAUACCUCUUCUUUCCCUUGCCGGGGAGUUUGGGUUGGGACGAUGAGGGGCAUGAGCAACAGCAUCCAGACGCAAUAGACGAUACCUCCGGCCGCCGACGGGUAAGGAUUUUUUUUUUCGC